AUGUAUCCAUUAUUGGACUUAUUGACUACCAAAGUUUCGGAGGUUGUUCUGAUCGAUAAUUAUACAAGCCAUGGUCUUAUCAUAUUUGGUGGCAAUACAUUGUGGUUUGUCGUUGGUUUGUAUUCAGGAGCUGAUAAAAAAGCGUAUUAUAAUCGAAAAAUUAAGCUCUACACUGAUCCACCAUUACCGUUGCAUGAGAAAUUCAAAGCAAUGUUUGUGAACGGGAAUUCCACAAGUGUAGCACUGUCGAGUGAACACUCUGUAUUUGUAGUCGAAUUACCUUACGAUUUUUGGUGCCGACAGUCUGUAACAGAAAAUCCUGUGUUUGAUCAUUUGCAACCUACCUAUCAUUGCAGGAAUCAAUUUGUUGACUCUUAUGCUAGGUCAAAAAAUACUGUGGUUGAUAUUCUUAAAAUUCGGUGGUGUCGAAAAGAGAAAUAUGAAUGUGGACACCAUACUUACAGUAGAUUGGCCAUUCUCUACAGUGAAAAUAUUGUUAGAAUUUAUGAUACUGACAUCAGUUGUGAUACACCUACAGUUGUGAUCGAUUUUAAAUCACUUCUUGGACCGAGCGAAUCAAGUUGCGGUCGUUCAUUUGGUGUACAUAAUUAUAUAGCUUCAUUUGAUUUUGGUCCAUCAUUUGCUCGUGGAGAUAAUGAAAUUGGUGCACAAAUUGGUCUAAAAACAUUGUUUGCUAUUGAUAACGAUUGUGGCGAUAUUUAUAUUGCCAUUUAUUCAAACAAUAGAGUCAUUGAGAUGCAAGGACCUCUUACAUUGACAGGAAUAGUACCAGGCGAUUUUGCUUGCAGUGGUGCCCUCGACAUGCUUUAUGUACAGUAUCGUGAAGACACAUCAUUACCAAUUUUCUCCCUAAUAUCUCCUAAAGGAUGUAUCACGCAUUUUCUUGCUUUAACAUUACAACAGGAGACUUUCAAUGGACAUGUAGAAUUUAUCCUUGCUCACUAUGAUAAUGUUUUGUUACCCUGCAAACCGCUUGCUGAUAUCUCAUAUUGUUUACAAAAUGAUUCUAUACAAACUGGCCAAUAUUUUGUUUUUUGCGGAGCAAAUCUUUUUUCAAUCGAUAUUAAUCCAUGGGCUCAUUUGUUGUCAGAUUUGUUUCGAACAAAGACAAAGUACGAUAAACAUGUGGAUGAUUUGCCUGACUCGAAGGUCCAUCACGUGUUUGCUGUUUUGGGCAACAAGGAAAUAAAAGAAACGGCAGAUGCUAUAAGAUACGCUGCUACUGCUUAUGCUACCAAUGAAAAAGUUCUGAAUAAUCAUCUUAUGAGAGAUUUCAGUAAGAAAGAUAUAAUUUAUGUAGCGAUUACUUCCUCAAAACAAUUGCUUCAUAAAUUUACAAGGUAUGAUGGUAUUUUGUAUGAAAAAAAUGUAAUAGCUAGACGAUAUGGUACACCUGUUGAAGAACAAAUUGAAACUGGAGACUAUCUUCUUGAAGAAUGUAUGAAAAUCCUUGAGUCUCAAACUGCAGUACCAAGUUUAAAGUUAAAUGAAUCCAUUACGGAAGCUCAAGGUAUAGCAGCAGCUAAUAGCAUUGUGGAAACCUUGGUGAAAAAUAUGAAAGUCACACAAGUUGCUUUCAAAAAAGUUCAUGAUAUAAUUACCAAUAAUAUCAUGAGUUCUGGAACAAUAAGUAAUAAUAAAUCAGUGUGUACGGAACGUUUAUUGCGCUUAUUGUCUACUUAUGUUGAUUUGAAAAAUCGUAUUUAUAAAAUUCAGGCGACUGUUGCUCAAUUGAAAAAAAGAAGUGAUGAGCUUGGCUCAGGUCUUGCGCCCAAAAUGUUCCCACUAACAGAUUCAGAAAAAGCUAUGAACGAUAAACUAGAAACAUUGCGAAUCGAUGUUGAUGGUAUCAUGCGGCAAAUACCAUAUCUUGCAAAUGAAGUAGCCACCAAACGCCGUGAUCGUUUUGGUCCUGUCCGCUCAUUUUGUGCAUCAAUGAAUGCGCAAAAGUUUAUGCUGUCCAAAAACACAGAAGAUAUCAAUGAAAUGGUUAGCUGGACCAAGAAACUUAUCAAAAAAAUUGAUUCCAUGCAAACAAACUUGAUUGCUGAAGAUACGUCUUCUACCUCAUCGAAACUAGGAUCUCAAUGUGAAUAA